AUGUUAUUGCAUACAAAAUUUGAGGGCCGACUUAUUUCACGAUGUGGUGAUCAGAACUGGCCUCCCAGAUCGUGUGAUCUAACUCCAAUGGAUUUUUUCCUCUGGGGUUACGUCAAAGCUCAUGUCUACGAAAACAAACCACGAACAAUUGAAGAACUUAAAGAAGAAAUUCGUCGUGUCAUUGGUGAACUAGACCCGGAGAUGUGUCAGCAAGUGAUAUCAAAUUUCGUGAUAAGAACAAAAGCUUGCCAGCGAAGCCGAGGUGUACAUAUGCCAGAUAUGAUAUUCCACACUUAA